AUGCUGGCUUGGCAAUGUCUCAGUACUGCAAACUCCUGUGCAUUCGCUACCCGUAUCUGCUACUGCUCUCUGGGAACCACAGCAGACGCGUCAUCGACCGCGGCCAAGGUCUGCUACACCAAACCUCCCUAUGCUGGACCAUCUCUUCUCCUCUCCAUCUGUUUUUUUUUUAUGACAACAGAGCAGCCCCUCCUGACUAUGCUGCUCCGACUCCUCCCCCUCCUCGCCGCCGGGAUUAAGGCCCACCCGGCGGGGUUCCGGAUCCAACAAGGUCUACUUGCCGGCCUGCUACUGCUCUCUGAGGAUGAAUGCGCGACGGAUCUCGAAACGUCAGGCGAAUAA